AUGCCUGUCCAUGCUGAUGAGUGUGUCAAAUGGGAGAUGAAGGACAUGCACCACAAGGCUGCGGCUGUGCUGCCCGCGGGUGCGGUGCUCAUCAUUACCCUUGUGGAGCACGGCAGCUUCCAUCCCUUGGUGGCUCCUCCGUUUCAUCUGCAGUGGGCCAAGUUGGCUGGCCUGCUGGUGAAGGCCCUGCUGAGUAAGUCUAACCAGCAAUACCACAAGGUGUUCAAGGACAUCCCCAUGGAAGAGAUGGUGCUCAAAGUGUGUUCCUGUGCCCUCCAGAGGGACCUCCUGCUCCAGGGCCGGCUGUACAUCUCCCCCAACUGGCUUUGCUUCCACGCCAGCCUCUUUGGCAAGGACGUGAAGGUGGUCAUUCCAGUGUUGUCCGUGCAGACGAUCAAGAAACACAAGAUGGCACGGCUGCUCCCCAACGGCCUGGCUGUCACCACCAACACCAGCCAGAAGUACAUUUUCGUAUCCCUGCUCUCCCGGGACAGCGUGUUUGACAUGCUCAGGAUGGUGUGCACCCACCUACAGCCUUGUAGCAAGAAGAGUCUGAGUGUACGGAAGUGCCCGGAGGAACCCAAACACGAGCCCCUGGAUGUACUCAUCCCAGAGAUGAAGUGGAGGAAUGUGUGCCCGGCCUCGAGGUCCUUGGUCCUUACAGAUAACAUCCCGUGUAUCCCUCGGGCUUCCAGGGACACCACCGACAGCGUCUUUGCCUCUGGGAAGGCUCCAGGGUCUGCUGCAGCCCCAGCAGAGGACCCACUGCAGUGGGAACCCAGGAGCAGCCUGGAGCUGAGGCCCUGGGACUCGAGGCUCCUCAAGGUCAUCUUUGUGCUGAUCUGUUUCCUAGUGCUGGCCUCAUCCUACCUGGCCUUCCGCAUCUCCCGGCUGGAGCAGCAGGUGUGCUCCCUGGCGCGGGAGGGCCCGCUCCCUGGGCACAGGUAA